UUAGUCCGAUGGAUUUCAAACUUGACAGGUGUCUUGCUCUGGUCACGAGUAAGUGCAGUGCCAAGUUUGACGACGUUUGGAUAAACGCAAAAGAUAGCGUUACAUAUAUAGGUAAAAGAAGCACACAUUGGCUUUUGCCGCUCUUGCUGCUUGCCAUUCUCACACUGCAUGCAACGCUGACUGAGCACCUGUUUGUGUCGUGACUCACUCUACACCGCCUCUCUCUAUGCGCGCGCACACACACACACGCGUACACGUACGUUCUGGUGGUUGAUGAACGCGGAUAUGUGCUGUUUAGCGGAGGGCCGGUGGGCAAUGUUUUGUGUCAGGAGGAAUGGGCCGAACACUGCUAUUUGAGGGUGAACCUGACCAUCUUGUUCCAGCAGCAUCAGAGGCACUUAUUGAAAGCAACCUCUUCCGGGUUGCAGGAAGGAUGUUGGGCCACACCUUUCUGCAUGAUGGUCCCCAUGUCACAGGACUAAGUCCUGCUGUAAUUCAUGUACUGUUCAAUGGGGACCCUGAAAUGGCUACUGUUGUUACAGAAGAGUGUCCUGAUCUGCACAUCAGGAGCAUCAUAGAACUGCUUGAACAUGAAGAUCUUACACCGGAACAGAAGGACACAGUUUCAGAUCUUUCCAUGUCUUGGGAUCUUCCGGCAGUCACCAAAACAAAUCGGAGAUGGCUACGUAACAAACUUCUACUCCAUGCAGUCGUUGGGAGGACCAUGCGCCAAAUUAAACAGUUGAGAAAGGGACUGAAAGAUGUGAUGGUAUGGCCCCUGCUGACAUCUAGGCCGGAUGUUGUACCACUUCUUUUCCCCAAAAUGGCUGAAAUGCAGUUCACACCCCAGAUGCUCCUAGAAAAAAUCACAUGGCCAGUUGAGGACAGUGAUGAUGAAGACUUUGACUUAGACACCACCUGCCGCAUCACUGGCUUUCUAAGGAUGUUCAUUGAAACAGCUUCAUCAGGUACCCUGGCCCAGCUGCUGACAUUCUGGGUUGGCUGGGAGAUGCUUCCUCCUGAACUGAGAGUGGAGAUUUCUGGGGGAACCCUUCCUACGUCCUCCACAUGCUUUGAAACCCUAAAGCUGCCAGCUCAUUUCAAACUCUACAUGGACUUUGAGAAAGCACUUGUCGCUGCCAUAAAAAGUACUGGAUUUGGGCUUGUUUAAGUUUUUUCAGACGUCAAUUAGGGCUGGGCAAUAUUUUAAUAUUAUAUCUAUCGUGAUAUAAGACUAGAUAUCGUCUUAAGGUGCUUUUCCAUUACCAGUACCUACUUGACUCGCCUCGCCUCGACUCGCUGUGCGUCCGUUUCCCAUUGCAGAUUUUAGGACGAGGCGAGUAGGUACCAUGUAAUGGAAAAGCACCAUUAGAUUUUGAAGAAGUGUAAUAUCGUUACAUGGUAAGUUUAGUCUUUUCCUGGUUUCAAAGGCUGCAUUACAGUAAAGUGAUGUCAUUUUCUGAACUUACCAGACUGUUCUAGCUGUUCUAUUAUUUGCCUUUUACCACUUAGUCAUUAUAUCCACAAUAUGAUAGUUAUUUAUCCGAAAUCUAAAUGUGGAAGAUAUUUUGUGAAUGCACCAAUUGUCAACCUUACAAUAUCGUUGCAAUAUCGACAUCAAGGUGUUAGGUCAAAAAUGUGAUA